GUGAAGGUAAACAGACCGUCGGGAAAGAAAGUGAAACUUCCCUUCCUCUUCCUCUAACUGUGAUAAAUCUAGCAUAAUUACUCUUAAAAACUGUAGUAACAAUGAAACCUUCAGGUGCUAUUAGAUAUCCAGUACAAGGUGUGACCCUCCACAGAGUUGCUGCCGGCAAGAGGUCCCAAGGAGAUGGCCAGGAGCAGGUGGAUGCCCCAACUUCUCUUGCAUGUGAAGCAGGAAGUUCUAUCAGUGCAGAGCUGGGGAAGCAGAAACCUACACCACACACUGUUGAGGCGAAGGCUAAAACAGAGGGAAAGCCCCUAGACCGGAAAACCAAAUCAGAACCAAAGUUGAGUCUAGGGGCUAAGAAAGAAGGUGCAGGACCCAGGAGGUUGGGAUCCGAGAAAUACCUGCCCGAGGUGGCUGACAUCGCCCACAAGCUGACAAAGGUGUCUGUGAUGUCUACCCCAGAUACCCACCUUCUGAACACUCCCCCAAAGGACAUGCAAACCAAGCGCAUGAUCCCAGUGCUCCCCAGCUCUCCUAGUGGUGGAGUUGCUGCGGCACUUUCCGCUGCCGCCAGAGACGGAUCCACAAGCCUCUACACUCAGAAGCGCAAGGAACCUAAGUUUGUGCCAUAUGAGCCCUACAAAGGCUGUGUGAAGCCUAUUUUCACCAAAAGGAAGACGAAAGUUGUACAGCAAGUAGCAGCAGGGAAGUCUGUUCCAGUGGUGUCAGAGGAAAAGGACAGUGACCCUAAGACAGAGCCAGUGGAUGAUGAACAGAAGAACACAGAGAAGCUAAACAUCAUGGUCAAGGACUUUGAGCGCGAGAGAGCAUCUUGGGAGGGACAGACCAAGGCGCUCAUCGAGGAGAAGAAGAGCAUGGAGGAGCAACUUAGCCAGAUGAAAAAGGACAAGACCAAUUUGGAGAAUCAGUUGAAGAUUCAAUCUCAGGUCAAUGCAGAACUCAAGAAACUCUUAGUGGCCUCAGUGGGAGAAGAUGUACAGGGCCAAGUGCAGGUGCUCACCGAAGACAAGGCGCGGAUGGCCACCAUGAUCCGGCGGUACUCUGAGAGGGUUGACCGUGAUUACGAGGAGAAGGAACGGAUGGAGAUUCAGUGCGACGUGUGGCGGUCCAAGUUCCUUGGGAGCAGCAUGUUGGUUGACGAGUUGGCAGGGUGGAAGGCUGCUCUCAUGCGACACAUCGAUGAGGCGGAGGAAGCCCUUCACGUGAUGAUGGACGAACACGACAUGGCGAGGCAACACGUCCUGAACAUGUAUAGGAUGAACAAACAACUUCGCGAUGCAUUCGACCCCCUUGCAGCACAGUCGGGCGGUGUUGCUUCCCUCACUUCAGCUGAUAUUGUGACACUGGCUGUGGAUGGGGAUGUGCUUGCAGAGACGGUUUGGGAUCGGCUCCUGGGCGACCUAGGGAGGGCUGUGGGCUGUGGGCUUUCAGUAGAAGGCCUUGAGACACAGACCCCUGGCGAGAAGAUGGCACGGCAGGCUUGUGGGAAGAAAAUCAAGAAGCCAUUUGUCCUGGGCUGGCGGAACAAGGAUGGACAGGCUUCGUGUGAAGGAUGCAGCACAGUCUCCCCAGGACGCAAUGCCAUGAUGCACCGGUUCCACCCCAAUACACGUUACGAACACGUCACCGUCAACUGCUGCGCCCACUGCAAUGGGGAAAUCAAAGUUGUCUGAUUGAUUUAUUUCUCUUGAGUUUCUUCUCUCAUGUUUCAGUUUCGUUUAGUUUAGUUUUUAUCUCUCUUUAUCAGUCGGGGUUUGAUGGGAACAAAAUGUUAUGUUGAGAUUUUCUUCCACUUCAUCUUCUUCUUCUUCUCCAUAUUUUUUCUUCUUCUUUUUUUUCUUCUUUUUCUUCUUCUUUUUCUUCUUGUACAUGAUUUUUCUCUCUUUCUUUUUUUUUUACCUCAUUCUUUGUCUUUCUUUUUUUCUUAGGGGGAAGGGAAAAAGCGUGCUAAGAUUUUCCAUUUAUUAGUUUUCUUUUGGGGGAGGGAGGUAUAGGGGUCAAGAAAGAAUGAUUGCUGUUUAUUUUGUGCCACUGUGAUAAUGUAUAAGAAGGAAGACAGAUAAAUGAUGUUAAGUGAAGAGGAAGAAAGAGAAAGAGAAAGAGAGAGAGAGAGAAAGAAAGAUAAUGAUAUGGAUUGUAUUUUUAUAUGUAUUUUUUAUUUCCUCACUCUCUUUCUGUCUCUCUUUCCCAUUUUAAUGAUAAAAAGAUAGUGUUGGAUUUAUAUAUUACAGUGUCAAUACUUAAGAUGUUUUGGAAAUGAUAAUGAGGUUUAUUUUAAGGUUGUAAUAAGAAAGUCUUUCUUAUUCAGAGUUUUUUUGAUUGGAAGGAAGAGGGAGGGAAAGAAUUCCAUAUGUUUUUCUUUUCAAUGCAUUGUUGUUAUUAUGGGUUGCAUAGAUCACCUUUGGGUAGAGGUGCACACAGAUGUAUAUGAUAAUGAAUACAUGCGCAUGCACAGAACACACACACACACACACACACACUCCUAAACACAC